UUGUGACUACCUCAACCCAUAAGCGCACAUGGCAAAUUAAUUGUACCAUUACAUAUUCUGCUCUUCGGUAAAUAAUUACAAUUCUAAACAAACAAGUACCUUAAAGUUACAAGUGUGGAGCUAGUGCAGAUAGCACGUCUAAAACAGACGCUAAAUUGUUUAGAAAUCACAUGAUUGGAUUUGUGCCCAAGAUCUGAGAAAGAGAGAGGACUCUAAGAACAAUCCCACAGUGCCGGGGUUUUAUUCCGACAGACUUAUAAAGCCGCUGCUGGCCCGGGAGCUGGACGACUGCUGAUGAUUGACAGGUGGACAAGGAAUGGAAGGCCUCCUGGAGUGUAUUAAAUUGCUGCACAUUAUCUGCAGAGUUGGUUAGGGAGGGGAAAAUGGUUGGGGUUCGCUUAACGCCCAAUACUGGCUUCUCUUCGUAGAGUUACUGAAAUUACUGGAACAAUGUAUUUGCAUUAUUUUACAAAAUUUAGUAAACCAUCGAAACCUAUAUUGGAAUGUUUCUUAAGAAGGAUGUCUCUGUUCAAGAAGGAUCUGCCAAUCUUAACGCUGUUUACCAAGGAUUCUUGCACUCUUUGCGAAGAAGCCAAAGAGGUUUUGGAGCCAUACCGACAUAGGUUCAUCCUCCAGGAGGUGGACAUCACCGAUCCAGAGAAUUCUGUUUGGUUUGAGAGGUACAAGUACGACAUUCCAGUUUUCCAUUUAAACGGACAGUUUCUGAUGAUGCAUCGAGUCAACUUGAAGAUGCUGGAGAGGAGGCUGGCCAGACUAGAACAGGAGAGUAACCAAAUGUCGUAAAAGUCUGAAGUGUGAAUCAGACAGAAAAACAAAAUCAUUUUUUUCUGUCAGCAUAGACUACAAUUCUGCUUGUUACAUUUGUAAAUCAAUUGAAAUUAUUUUGUAUUUUAGACACUGCCAGUGAAACUGAAUUACUUGUGAAAGUUAUAAAUCAUUUAAAAUAUCAUUCAAAAGGCAAUAAAUUGAAUUUUGGUGCAGUAGGUUCAUGCCGUUUACAGACUGGCUGUAUACAUAGAGUGAUACAGUGUGGAAACAGGCCCUUCGGCCCACUGAGUCUGUGCCAACCAUCAAGCACUCAUUUAUGCCAAGCCUACACGAAUCCAAUGGAAUUCCCAUUAACUCAUGCAGAUUCUACCACUCACCAAUUGUACAUGUGGUCUGCACAUCUUUGGGAUGUGGGAGGAAACUGGAGCACCCAGAGGAAACUCGCAGAGAGAAUGUGCAAACUCCACACAGAUAAUACCUGGAUCAAACCUAAGUCACUGGAGCUGCACUACUGGUGCUCCCUGCAUGCAUGUUGUUGUCACUGUGCUCAUUUCCCGUACAUUCUAGUGUUAGCAGUAUCAACUUGGAAUCAGCUGUGCACCACCAGGUUACACACCCUUGUGACUUGGAAAUAUAUUGUCUUCAUUGUUGCCAGGUUUAAAUCCCAGAACUCCCUGCAUAGCAGCACUGUGAGAGAACUUUAACAAGAUGGUUCAGCUAAUUAACCUCUCAUGGUGGGCAGUACUUGCUGGUCUUGCCUGCAAUACCCACAUCCUAAGGAAAGGAUAAAAAGGCAGCAGAGCAGAACACAAGCUGUUUGGGUAGAUUGUGGUUAAGCUGUUGCUUGACUCUCAUUUCCCACACUCUCUUCAAACUCACCUGGUUCACUGGAAGAUUUAUUCAAACAUCAAAAAAAGUGAAUUAAAAGUGUAUUGUAGUAUAAAUACAAUUAACAUCCAAUAAUCCGGCAAAUCAACCAAUCCAGCAUCACCAGAAGACAUAGGAGCCGAAAUAGGCCAUUCAGCCCAUCGAGUCUGCUCUGCCAUUCGAUCAUGGCUGAUUUAUUUUUCCCUCUCAACCCCAUUCUCCUGUCUUCUCCCCGUGACCUUUGACGGCCUCAGUAAUCAACAACCUAUCAACCUCCGCUUUAAAUAUACCCAAUGCCUUGGCCUCCACAGCCGUCUGUGGCAAUGAAUACCACAGAUUCACCACCCUCUGGCCAAAGAAAUUCCUCCUCACCUCUGUUCUAAAGGGACGUCCUUCUAUUCUGAGGCUGUGCCCUAUGGUCCUAAACUCUCCUACUGGAAACAUCCUUUCCAUGUUCACUAUAUCUAGGCCUUUCAAUAUUCGGUAGGUUUCCAU